AUGAACAGUUUGAGUGCGUGUAGGGAAUGGAAGUACUCAUCACAGGCUUCAUUAUUAUUGUCACCAAGGAAGUUGAGAAUUUCUGGGGAUAUAUCACCUGCUGGUGAUUUACGCUAUCGUAAAUUUAUCAACAGAGAAGUCAUCCCUGAUGAUGUUGAAUAUUAUUCAGAUGACAGUUCAAUAAUUGAUGUUGCUGAUAGAGUACGACAUUCUUCAUCUAGUGGUGAUGAGGAUAUUGCAACAACCAGACUAUAUACAGAAAUGUGUCUGCCUAAUAAUAAUAAUAAUAAUAGUUCUAAUUAUGGUUCACCAUCAGUUAUCCGGUUUAUGGAAAAUGUGUACAUACGCGAAGAAGAGGAUGAUGAAGGCGAUUUUGAUGAUGCUUAUAGUGAAUUCCAAUUGACAAACUCAUCAACGCAUAAUUCUCAUUGGUUAAAGAUAACUAAGACUGGUAAAAAACAUCAAAUAUUUCUGAUUAUAACCAUAAUGACAGUCAUUCUUCUGUGUACAGUCUGCAAAUACUAUGACUUUUCUUCACUUAUACCAUACUCAUCAUCUUCUUCUGGAGAAUCAUUUUUAUCUGUACAGAAAGAUAAAUCAUAUAAAUUAAUAAGACAAUUAUCCGAAGAAUUUCAUGAUCAGCAUAAACGUCUUUGGUUACAGAUUCGUUCAGCACUGGAUUCACCAUUUCAAUAUGAAUCUACAAAUCAGGGAUAUACCUCUUCGUUGACUUCUCAUGAAAGGAUUCCUCCUGUAGUUCUCCUUUUAGUAAAUCGUUGUAUACAACCAGUCGGCAGUCAGUCUAGGCAACAUUCAAAUAAUAAGGACAAAAAUAGUGUAUUAUUUCAGAGUUUCAUUUCACGUCUUGGUCAAUUAGUCAGUCGGGAAUACUUCUCAAAUGAUACACAUUCCUGUCCAGUACUAGGAUCUUAUCAAUUAGCUUCCUUAAAUAAACAAAAGAUUGAUGAAAUGAAAUUGGAUUUAGACAAUCAACUUAUCAAAUUGUAUCAAUCUGGUACCCGGUGUUUUCAUUUCAUGUCAAUUGAUCUACUACCAGCUGAUAUUGUCCUACUCUUUCAUGGUUAUACUGAUGUAGAAAAUUCUAUUUAUCCGAAUUCUGUCCUUUUGAUAAGUUUAUCAAAAACAUUCAUUGUCAGUUCACCAGAAAAUUGUACAAAAAAUCUGACCAUUUAUUGCCUGGUUGUCAAAUGCCUGGUGAGUUCGAGCAUCAAGUCAAUCAGUUUUUACGAUCAUUAUGGAAUAAAGAAUUGGGUAAUGAGGAGGUGGACGCCUUAAUCUCUCGUUUAACAUCAAAUAUUAUUGUAUUUCAUACAUUUACCACUACUACUCGUGAUGGAGAUCAUGUUGAAGCAAAUGUAAAAUCCACUGGUUAGCAACAAAUUAAGUUAUUUUCAUACAUAUUUUGUAAUAUAACUGAACAUCGUUGUGGUAUGUUUUUCAAAACAACUAACUAGAGAUAAUUCACUUUUGUAAUUUCUUUUUAUAUCUUUAUUUUUAUUUAUACUACUUACAAACUAUUUCAGUAGUUUGUAUAUCAAAGUGUAAAUACAAUAUAAAGACAAAUUUGGGA